AAAUUUAAAUGUCUUCAGAAGACAAAGAAGCUCAGGAGGAUGAGCUGCUGGCUUUGGCUAGCAUUUAUGAUGAAGAUGAGUUUAAGAGAGCUGACUCUGCCCAAGGAGGAGAAACAAGAAUUUGUCUGGAGUUGCCCCAAAACUUCAAAAUUUUUGUGAGUGGCAAUUCCACAGAAAGCCUCCAGAACAACGGGUUUGAAUACACCGUUUGCUUUCUGCCUCCCCUCGUGCUGAAUUUUGAACUCCCGCCAGACUACCCAUCAACCUCCCCACCGGCGUUUACCCUCAGUGGAAAAUGGCUCUCCCAAGCCCAGCUCAGUGCUCUUUGCAAACACUUAGACAACGUAUGGGAAGAGAAUCGAGGCUGUGUGGUCUUAUUUGCCUGGAUGCAGUUUCUGAAGGAAGAAACACUGAGUUACCUGAAUAUUUCCUCCCCAUAUGAGCUAAAAAUGUGCCGCCAAGGAAAUGGGCAGAGUAGGACACCUUUGGUCCCUCUCGAUGCUGAGAAGGAUUGCGGUGGUGCAGCAGGCUCUGCAGCAGCUGAAGAAGAAAUCAUCGAUGCAAGAGCUGUGCAGGAUGUGGAAUCGUUAUCAAGUCUGAUUAGGGAAAUCUUGGACUUUGAUCAGGCUCAGAGGAGGAAGUGCUUUAACAGUAAGAUGUACUUGUGCAAUAUCUGCUUCUGUGAGAAGCUGGGCAGUGACUGUAUGUACUUCACCGAGUGCAGCCAUGUAUACUGCAAAGCAUGCCUGAAGGACUACUUUGAAAUACAGAUCAGGGAUGGUCAGGUCCACUGUCUCAACUGCCCAGAACCGAAGUGUUCUUCUGUUGCUACUCCUGGCCAGGUUAAAGAGUUGGUUGGAGAGCAGCUGUUUGCACGUUAUGACCGCCUGCUUCUGCAGUCUAGCUUGGACCUGAUGGCGGAUGUAGUGUAUUGCCCUCGCCCGGGCUGUCAGACACCAGUCAUGCAAGAACCAGGUUGCACCAUGGGCAUAUGUUCCCGUUGCAACUAUGCUUUUUGUACUCUCUGUAAAAUGACUUAUCAUGGGGUCUCUCCGUGUAAAGUUACUGCGGAGAAAUUAAUGGAUUUGCGAAACGAAUAUUUAGAAGCAGAUGAGGCAACUAAAAAAUUUUUGGAACAGCGCUAUGGCAAACGAGUGAUUCAGAAAGCCCUUGAGGAGAUGGAGAGUAAAGAAUGGCUAGAAAAGAACUCGAAGUCUUGUCCUUGCUGCGGUACUCACAUAGAGAAACUAGACGGCUGUAACAAAAUGACGUGUACUGGCUGCAUGCAGUAUUUCUGCUGGCUUUGUAUGGGGUCUCUGUCAAGGGUGAACCCCUACAGGCACUUCAAUGAUCCAUCUUCCCCAUGCUUUAAUAGAUUGUUUCAAGCCAUGCAUAUUGAUGGUGAGUUCUGGGAAGCUGAAGAUGAAGACUAGUAGCUUUCUCUCGCAACAAAAGCUGAACAAACCAGAGACAGAUGCUUUCCAUUUUUGUGUCAAGUUUGUUUGCUUUUCACUUCCAUG